GUCAUUGCCAGAGGGAUUGUGCGAGGGAGCUGUGAAAGUAACACUUGCAGCAAGUGUGGCUACAUGAAAGUUAACAACAGAACAGUGAAUCAUGAGCGGGGGUUACGAUGUCGACCUGUUUGUGGAGGUUCCAGACUGUGAGCUGAUCUGCACCAUCUGCAGGUGUGUGUUAAGGUGUCCCGUCAGAACGGCCUGCAGCCAUGUUUUCUGCAAGAGCUGCAUCCUGCAGUGGAUUCAGAGGCAGGACACGUGUCCGUGCUGUAGGAAGCCAGUCAGUCCCAGUCUGAUGAUGGCCUUGUAUAAGCUGAACAAAACCAUCGGGCGUUUGAGGGUCAAGUGUGCCAACGAGGGCUGUUCCUCCACCUUCUUCCUGUCAGAGGAGCUCCUCCACUCCUCCUGCUGCCUCUUCCAGGAGGUCCCCUGCCUUCACCAGGGCUGCUCUGCACAGGUGCCCCGGCACCACCUGGAGAGCCAUGCCCGCCACUGCAGCCACUGGACCCAGCUCUGCCCCAUGGGCUGUGGAACCAUGCUCACCCAGGCCACAAGGGCUCAGCACAACUGCUACAGGCAGCUGAAGCAGCAGGUGGAGGCUCAGAGGCGGAAUCACAGGGCCAUUGCCAGAGCUCUCAGCAGGAAGAUGAUUCGAGUGCAGAGCGCCAUCACUCACAUGAAGAGACAGGUGGCACUGAUCAGCAAGAGCUUGGAUUGGCUGGAGGGGGGCAGUCGGUAG